AUUUAUACAGGGGCAUUUCGAAAAACACACACAAAAGCGAAAGGUAGUUGUAACAAAUAUGGCCGACCAAAAUGGGGAUAUAACUUUGUUGAAAAAAACCAACGUUUCCGUCUUUGUCGAGGAGGCUCUGCCCGAUAUUUUAAUUGUAACGUACGAAUUUGGCUUGAAAAUAUUCAAAGGGGUGCUUUUAGAGUCCAGCAAAAGAAACUUACCCUGCGGAGUACCAAAUCUAAACCCAGUCUUUAAUGUACCAAAAAACCCAGUCGAAGACCCCUUAUACGCUGUCAAUCAAAGAUUUGCCUAUUUGGACCCCAAUGUCCAAAAGAAAAAAAUACAGGUACCAAACAAAUACAAAAAUAAUAAAAUGACAGUAAGGUUAAGGCCUAGGCAAGUGCUGUGCACGAAAUGCAAAGGCAUUUGCAAUGAAAACUCAGAAAACGUGUCCAGAAAACGAAAAUCUUCUGAAACUACUAGCACCCAGCCCCCUCCUCCUAGCAAAAGGGGCAACAACGCCCCUGUAACUAGAUCAGUAAAAAGCUAUCUAAGCGCCAAACGCAAAUUGAGGGGCUACAGUCAAGAACCUGUAGACGAAAAGAACAAUAAAAAGCUUGAAGAAAAGGUGCCUGUGGAGAGUACAAAUUGGGUGGAUCCAGAUACUAUUAAAAAACCACUGACAAAUAUUGGAAAUGAGCCUCAAGAAGAUCCCUUGUUUAUCAAACAUUCCGAUGAACAUUCCCUAGGAGAACCAGCUGCAGUUGAGCCAGUGUUUCAGCAACCAACUCAGACUCAGGUACUAAGAGCGGCAAGGCGGAAUAGGAAGAAAAAAAGUGCUGGCACAACAGACGACGAAAGUAGCAAUAACGAGCCACAAUCCAGCAGCGGUUCAGCAGGCAAUAUUACCUCGAAUACAAGGACAAUAAAAAUAUCUUAUGGGCCUCAAGGCGAAGGAACCGUUUUGAAAAUACCAGCACAAAUAGACAAUAUCACAGAUGACGAUUCCGAGGAGAAUGUCGAUAUGCCUGUUGUGGGGCAGGGGGUUUCAGUCAAAAUGCUCAACACCAAAGCGGCAAGAAAGGCGAUGAAACGAGCGAAAAAAGAAGCGAGAAGGAAGAUGAUACUUGGAGGAAGUCCCUUGUAUUUAGGUGGAGCUUCUCCGAGGUACUUACCCAGUCCAGGAGCAUCGCCCAGAUAUAGUCCAGCAGCUUCUCCAAGAUAUACUUUGGGUGGUUCCAGUCCUAGGUACCAUCACGUUGGUGCUGCUUCACCUAGACAAGGAUUGGGUAACAAUUCUCCAAGGUAUAUGAUAUCACCUUUUGAAAUUACAGUUCCGCGACGCAGAAAACGCAAAAUGAAACACAAAAAGAAACACCGAGAGGACAGAAAACAUAAGGAAAGCGAAGUUGGUAGUACCACUCAAGAAGACUCAAAAGAACAAUGCAUCACCCAAAAAUUGUCAAUAAACCUAAAACGCUUAAACAACACUUCUUACACAUUACAAGAAGAAACAAGUUCAAGUUCAGACGAACAAGGAAGCGAAUCGAUGCCCGAUUUUCCAGCACCUAAUUUGAUGUUAAGAAUCAACGUCCAAACACUAUCAAGUUCUUUGGGGGCCGAUGGCGUUCGGCUUUUAGUCGGCGACGUCGUUUGGGGCAAAAUUCAAGGAUUCCCGUGGUGGCCUGGAAAAAUUUUGACCAUAACCAGUGGCGGUUCGCAAGGGCCUCAAGCGCACGUCGCUUGGUACGGAUCUGCCACUUCUAGUUUGAUGCAAUGUGAUCAGUUGAGUCACUUUUUGGAUAAUUUUAAGAUAAGGCAUAAUAAAAAGAAAAAAGGCCCUUAUAAAGAAGCUAUCAAACAAGCCACGGCUGAAGCUAAAGAAAAUGCUGAAAAUCGCGUUAGACAGCCUCUGGGUAAUAGUCCCUCUCACAAUAUCAUACAGCAAGUUGUACCCCCUGCUCUAGCAUCUCCUAGAGAAAUCGACGUUGUAUCUUAAUUUAUCGUGAUAUGUUUUAUUUGAUCCCAACUCUUUUUUUUUAGAACAACUUGAAUACCUCAAGCUAAAUUGAAUUAUAUGGGAAUUUAGGGUAAACCCAAAAAAAAAAAGCUAUUUUUGUUGUUUAAUAUAGUCAACCCUCUGUAGGAUAAUGUAUAGCAGUUUUUCUUUUAAAUGUUGUAGGCUUAAGGCACUUUUGAUAGUUUACCAAGAAAAUUAUUGGUUCCUAAUAUUGUGGGUGCCAUAAUUCAGUUUUUCAAACUUUUUAUAUCAAUUAUUAUAAUUUUGCCUUGUGUUGUAUACAAUAAUAUAUCUGUGAUUUUAUUCUCUUGGUAUAAGCGACUGUACAGUUAAUUUGGUAAAUAAAAACUUGGUUACUUAGUUGAAAAAAAAAACACAAAUUUAUUUCCAUUGAGUGUGUAGAAUUACUAAACGUUCGUGCACCCGUCUCGUGCAAUUCAGCUUUGGAAACAUUUCGUUCAAACCGCCAUAAUCCAUAAGACUGAGACCUGCCAAGCCGAAGUAAGUGUGCAUCGGAUCCGCAGUGCUAUUGACCCACUUUGAAAAGCCACCAUAUUUGUCUUGAGUCAUAAGGACGAAGUUAGGAUUUUGUUCUGAGUCAAUGAAUUGAUAUGCUUCUAGGAUUUUGAGUGCGCCACCGGUCCAGAAGGAAUAGCACGUGUCUGUUGGUUUGUUUGGUCUACCAUU